AUGUGUCGAAGCUGGAUGUGGUGGUGCAUCGCGCUGGCGCUGGUUGCCUCAGCCAGCGCCGACACUUGGAAGGCCAUCAAGGAUGAACCUUAUCGUGAACUCAUCAGCCAUCGCCAUGGGCUGCAAGGCCUGCCUGCCAUCGAGGGGUGGGGUGCCCUUGGCUUUGCAGAGGUGACGGCCCUCCAGCCCUGGGGAGCCGAGCGUGCCCUUGCUACCGGCUAUACCAACACCAGCUCCAAACUCCAGCCCUUCUUGCUCCAAGUCAACAACGGCCGGCUGAGUGACUUUGCCGUUCCCCUGUACCUGCCCGAGGGCGCCCAAGCUUUACCAGGCUCCAGCUUGAGUGACCUCCUGAUUGUUGACCCCGCCAAGGGCGUGCUCCUCUACCAUUGCACGGCCAGUCUGACGGGCUGUGCUCAGGCUCACGCUGAAAGUGGGAUCAUCGGAACCGUGAACAAGGCACUGCAGCUGCAGGAUGGCUCUGGUUGGCUUUUGGCCUCGAGCACGGGGCUGUGGUACUUCAAAAAUGUCUCGGGAACCUCAUCCCUCUCUCAGCUCGGCGUUGACCCUGCCGAUGCCGUGGCCGAGUGUGGCGAGUGGCUCUUCUAUGGCAAUGACGAACGAGUUGUGCAGCUGGAUCGUGCCGGUAAAGUCCGUCGCUGGGAGUGGGUGACGCAGUUGACGCUCGAGGAGGGUGGCGUGUAUGGCGGACCCGUCCGGGACAUGUCCUGUGAUAAGGAUGGCAUUCUGUUUGUGGCCAACGAAAUCAGCCUGAACGAGCGGGCCCUCAACGGCAUGGUGAAUCGCUACGACUUCCAACAAGGCAUGCCCCUGAACAAUGCCACCCUCACCACCGUUGAACCCGGCACGGGUGCCGUCUGGAUUGGUACCCCUCAAGGCUUGCUGCGCUACAGCCGCGGUCAGGAUGACCCAGACUGGCGCUACUUUCACGGUGACCGCUUCUUGCCUCACACCUCCAACGUUACACACCUGGUUUCCUUGAACAGCACCCACACACUCGUAGCCACCACUGGCGGAAUCAGUCUCCUUGUUUGGGAGCAGUGGACGCUGCGGCAAAAAGCUACACACUUUCUCAACAUUCUGCAAGCGCGCCACAACCGUCACGGCCUGGUGGGCGAGUGUGAUAUGGCUGGGUACGGGCAACUCUCCACCUGUCAAGGUGGACCCGAGGACAAUAGCGGGCUCUGGACCAGCUUGCUCGUAUCUGCCUAUGCUCAAGCCCAGGCCCUCGAGCCGAGCGUGGCCCAUGCGACUGCGCUGGAGCAAUUUCAGGCGGGCAUGGAGCUUCUGGUCAACGUCACCAAUGUUCAGGGCUUGAUGGCGCGCACCUGUCUGGCCCCCAAUGUCUCAGCCCCGGACGAGCCCAACUGGUACGCCAGUAAAGCCCCUGGGCUCUCGGGGUGGCAUUUCAAAGGCGAUGCCUCUUCCGAUGAGGUCGUUGGCCACAUGUUUGCACACAUGAUGGUGUAUGCCAUGGGCACGGACCAGGCCACUCGCGAUCGCUCUCAGACCUACCUCCUGGACAUUAUCAACCACAUUGUCGACAACAACUUUUUCCUCGUCGAUGUUACGGGCCUACCCACACGAUGGGGCAUCUGGAAUCCUCAGUACAUCAACCACAACCGCUCUUGGAGUGAUGUUCGUGGCCUCAAUGCUGCACAGAUCCUUUCCUACUUGGUCGCUGGGAUUGGUUUGGCUCGGACUCCUGCCGAAAAGGCCAAGUUUGAGGCGGCGCUGGCCAAUCUGACGACCGCGGACAACCAGUAUGAUGAAAACAUGCUCAACCUGAAGAUCAAGUCACCCGACGACGACAACUACUCGGAUGACGAACUCACCUUCCUGCCUUACUUCACCAUGGCUCUGGGUCUGAACCUCACUAAGCUGCCGCAAAUGGCCAGUGCACUCAGCUUGAGCGUCGAGCGCACCUGGUUGGCGGUUCGCGCCGAGCGCAGCGCUCCUUGGAACGUCAUGUACACGGCCAUCAAUGGGUCAUUAACCACGCAGGCUGAUAUCGAUAACAUUGCCUGGAACCUGCGAACCUGGCCCCUGGAGCUCAUCGACUUUCCCGUGACCAACACGAUUCGUCGCGAUAUUUAUAUCAACCCCGAGGCCGAGCGCAACGACCACCAAGGGAACGAUGACGUGCGCAAGAUCCUGCCCGUGUACGAGCGCCCGCAGCUGCGGUGGAACGGUGACCCACACGAUCUUGACGGCGGCUCGGGGCGCACCGAGGGCGAUCCUGGAGCAUGGCUGAUGCCCUAUUGGCUCGCUCGCUACUAUGGCAUGAUUGCAUCUUAGAGUUGGCGGGAUCCAACGACAAGGUAGUUGUCGGUAAAUUGAUUGCAAGAGUGAG